AUGAACGAACGUUAUUCAAACACAAAUUGUGAUGGUCCAGGCAGCAGUGUACCGCAACAAGAUCCGAGUAGUCUCGGGAGCGGCGACCACGAUUGGUCCAUAAAUUCAGAAUCUGCUGGCAGUUGUAGUGAUAAUCGUUCAGUGAACAGUAUUACUGUUAGCCAAGGCUUCUCUACAGGAUGGUCAAGUAACGGCACGAAGCAAAACGAGCCCUGCAGACCUCGCAAAGGGCACAAAAAGUCGAGACGUGGAUGUUACAAUUGCAAGAAACGUAAAGUUAAAGUGUGGUUCUCGCUUCACAACAUGGAAUCUAUUUGUUGUCAAGAAACCCUACCUUCAUGUCAAAAUUGUGCACGACAUCAGCUGUCUUGCAGCUACCCUACACUUCCACCUCCAAAGCUACCCGUAAAACCUCACCAAAUCGCUAUUGCAAGCCCAGUCCCGUAUGGAAAUCUGCAAGCUACACCCACUAUAUUCUCCUUAGAUGAAAUGUUUAUUUUUCAUCAUUUUUUGAUGUAUGCUCACCCCUAUUUGCCCGUAGGGAGCAAGGAUAAGUGGGUUGGUCAUAUUCCAGUCCUGGCUCAUCAUAAUUAUUUCUUAUUACACGCUAUUCUUGGCUUAUCGGCAUCCCAUAUUGCGAGCAAUUCACCUUUUCUUCCCUUCAAUUCUACACUCAAUCCAGGAAAUCCUGCCAAAAGUUAUCAGACACUGUCACUCCACCACCGCAUACUCGCCAUCUGCGGGCUGUCAGCGCUAUUUGCCAUACUCGAUCCCUUGACCAUGACGAAAUUCCAAAGACAAACAAUCCAAGCGACUCUCUACUUGCUGACCUUUCAAUCUUGCUAUAUGUCUGAUCUUUCAGGCUUCUUUGAACUCUUGCAUUUUUUUCGUGGCUGCAGCAUUCUACGUGAUAGCCAUCUCCUCAAUAGGGAAGACAAAGGGAUAGAAAUGAGCUUUGAUGGGGAUGGAGAUCAUUGGCAACAGAUGGAGGGGCGACUCGUUGAUCUGCCUAACAUUCCUAAUCAUUCCACCCAGGAUGCUAAAGAUCGUUGA